AUGGUUUUAAGGCCUUUCUCAACAGUAUGGCCCCUGCCAUUGAUAGCGCUAUCAUGUUUGAAUCCUUUGGUCGCCGGCGCAGGGGUAGCCCUUGAUAUCGAUAGUGACGACUCAAUUAGAUCGGCUGCCAGCACUGUCGCUUAUGACCUUGUUACCUUUUACACGGGCAACAAUACUGGCGAUGUGCCUGGAAAUCUUCCAGACCCGUAUUAUUGGUGGGAAGCGGGGGCCUUUUUCGGGGCUCUGGUCAAUUACUGGGCAUUUACUGGGGAUUCGACUUAUAACAAUAUCACCAUUCAAGCAAUGGAGCACCAGGCCGGUGAUAAGGGUGAUUUCAUGCCAAACAAUCAGACAUACACCGAGGGUAACGAUGACCAAUGCUUCUGGGCCCUCAGUGCAAUGAUGGCUGCCGAGCGAAACUUUACAAACCCGAGUUCCUCAUACCCUGGUUGGCUGUCGAUGGUUCAGGCUGUGUUCAAUGAGCAAGCUAACCGCUGGGAUACAGCGAGCUGUAAUGGAGGUCUGCGUUGGCAAAUUUACACUUGGAAUGCCGGAUACAAUUACAAGAACACAAUCGCAAAUGGCUGUUUCUUUGACAUCGCCGCCCGCUUGGCUCGAUAUACUGGCAAUGAGACCUACGCUGAAUGGGCCACUAAAUCUUGGAAUUGGGCCAAGGCCGUCGGAUUGAUCACCUCGGACUACCAAGUAUACGACGGAACGACGGAUGUCAGCAAUUGCACUUCCUAUGAUAGAACUCGUUGGUCAUAUACUGCAGGAAUUUAUCUUCAUGGCGCCUCCGUGAUGUACAACUAUACUUCGUCACUUUCAACCAACGCAACCUCGACAAAUUCUUCAUCAGCCUCCACAUGGAAAACUCGACUGGAUGCACUUCUCUCAAAAACGAGUUUUCUUUUUUCGACAAAUGAAUCCAGUCGUCAUGUCAUGUACGAGCCCCCUGCAUACCUAUCCCGAUGGAUGGCCGAUGUCACACAACUUGCGCCAUACACAUACGACACUAUCAUGAUAAAAUUGCGAGCUACAGCGCAGGCUGCUGUAGCCCAGUGCCAAGGCGGAACUACUGGCACCUUCUGUGGCUUUCGCUGGUCGAGUGGCAGUUACGAUGGGACGACUGGCGUUGGUCAGCAAAUGGGGGUUCUCGAGGUUCUUCAGGGACUCCUUUCUGCUAAUGUCAGUGCGCCUGUCACGGCCACUACAGGUGGAACGAGUGAAGGCAAUAGUGCCGCUGGAACCGAGUCAGAUACAACUACCGAAGUCCAAUACUCUGCUCUUACUACGGCUGAUAGGGCUGGGGCAUCAAUAAUGACUGCCAUAGUGAUUGGUCUGAUAUUCUCUGCUGUCUAUAUGAUGAUCACUUAA